ACAAGGUUCACUACCUUUGAAAAAGACACUAAGGGUAUAUAAGAUCCCAUAAUAUAUGGGUCGAAGUACAAUCAUCUCGUCCAUUUGGGAAGAAGGGACCUUUUGAAGCCUCUGAUCAACUAACUUACUAGCGCGUCCCUCUUUAUAAACGUUCAAAGGGAAACACUGAAAAUCCAUGAUGAAUCAGGAGGUUGUACUGGUCACGGGCUGUGUGUCUGGACUAGGUCUGCAUACAGCCGCCCGCCUAGCCCGAGACCCAGACCAAAGAUACAUCGUGAUAGCGACCGUCGUCUCUCUCGCGGAGAAAGACGAUCUCGUUGCUGCCAUUGGAACACAUCUUGAGAACACUGCUUUCAUCAUGAAGAUGGAUAUCACACAGGAUGAGGAUGUACAAAGUGUAGUUCAAACAGUUCUACAUAGAUUCGGUCGGAUCGACAUACUACUGAACAUUGCUGGAAUUGGAUCAUGCGGUUACAUGGACACCAUGCCUAGGUCAACGAUAGAGGGGAUGUUCAACAUCAACACCAUUGGAGUUAUCCGACUUACCCAAGCCGUUAUGCCUCACAUGAAACAAAGACACAAGGGCACGAUACUAACCGUCAGCAGUAGAGGUGGUAGAACAGGGAUUCCUCUACUGGAAGUAUACUGCGCUUCCAAGUUUGCAAUUGAGGGUUUCUUCGAAUCGCUGGUACCAGUUGCGAGGCAGUUCAGCAUCAACAUCGUCAUAGCUGAACCUGGUGGAAUGAAAACACAGCUUCAGGAGAGGCUCUUUGGGGACCUAGAAGACGUCGCUGCCGACGAAUCCGUGAACAACCUGGAUAGGUCUUUCGCUCGGAAUUGGAUCGAUGACCUGAAGACCAAAAAGCCAUCUAUGACGCCAGACGAAGCAGCCGAGAAGCUUGUUGAUAUUCUACAGGCAGAAAAGCCGAGAUUUCGAUACACCUUACCCGAGAGUUUAGGGCGUGAGAUAGCCAGUAUCAUGGCGGAAGAAUCUGGAGAACUUGGGAUCGCGUUGAACGUGAAGCGUAUUGUGAAGGCAGAGAAGUGAGAGAACGAUAAUCUUAUUUUGAUGAUCAUCCAAAUGUGUGUGUGCGUGCCUGUGUGCCAAUGCGCGUAUGUCAGGGGGUGUGCGAUGAGAAUGUAACAGCUGCUCCCCAAAAGCCAGGGGUGGUAUUCUGUAACUCUGUCAUAACUUUUGUCAUAAAUUUUGUCA